AUGGGCCGCGGUUAUGGCCAAGCUGCUGGCACGCUUGAAGUCGCAAUCGAACGCUACCAUCGGACGGACAAUACUACAACGUCUGGUUGGCAACAAUGUCGAUCCAGAAGCGAUAUUCAGUGCAGCCUUGCGACAGAUGCCUCAACUCAUCGUCCCGACUCAGGACCCCAUUCAACCGUGUUCCGUCCGGAGCUAUUCAAGACAACAAUGGAGGCGUACGCAUCAGCGGCGGCACAAUGUGGUUCGGAUAUUUUUGGAGGAUUCCGUCGAGAUGGACCAUAUUGCCGUGACAGUCGCCAGUGUGGACGUGGGACACAGCUGUCUCCAGACUUUCUACUUCCGUGGGUGAAUUUCUCUCCAAUGUUCCCGUUGGACCGAAACAUGCCGUCGUCAGGGCAUCGACCUCCUCCACCACCGCCAUCGUCACAUUCUCAUCACGCAACCCAUCCGAAUCAAUAUGGGCAUCCACCUCUCUACAAAGGCAACACGCAAGGUGCUGGUCAUCAUGGUGCUACGCCACCAUCGCGAAGAACGGUCUCGCUCAGCUCGUCCACUUACAGGCCUCCAAGCAGCUACCCAACGAGCAGGUCUAACACUAGUAUGUCACUGUAUCAAAGUUCGAGUCAGCCGGUUGGUGUGGCGAGUAAUCAAAAAACUCGCAAACCCUACUUCAUGCCUUAUAUGAGCCUUGAAGCCGUUACAAGGGGACUGGCGAACGGUGACCUUGUGAAGCGUAAUUACGAGGAGUCGUACGUGGACAAUCCGGAUGGCGAUGAUCAAUUGGAUCUUUUGAUUCUUGGUGUUCAUGACCGUAAUCGAGCACUGCAUGGUGAUGUAGUGAUUGUGCGCAUUAAAGAACGUAUGAACUGGGUGAUCCGUGAGAAUCUCUACCAAGCAUGGCGCGCUGGUCACCUGAACGUCUCUCGCGAAGACAAUGGUCAACCGAUCACUAUUCCACCUGUAGCGGCUCCGAAGUCGGACGAUCUUGUCGAGGUCUCCAUUGGAGGACUGGCUGACCCGCACAUCAGGAAGGCAAACCUGAAUCUCACUAUUCCUCCUAACAAAGAUCGCAAGUACAGCCGACAGGCGAUGGUUAUUAUUAUUGGAGCCACGUAUGAGAUAGCUCGUCGAGAGUCGUUGUCGGCACAAGGCGUUGCCACGGUACCUAUCAUUCAUCCAAGUCUUCCCCCUCCAGAGGUUCAGUGCUUGCAACAACGUGCCCUACAGUUGGCAAGAAAACUUCCCGGUGUACCGAAACGAACGCAGAUUGUGUCGAGUGGAAAGAGGGCCGCAUACCGAACACUAUCUGAGAUGCCUGACGAGGACUGGGGAGUGCCAGAUGUGUGUCUUCAGAAGACUGCAGAGAAUUGUCGAGCAGCAAUGGGUCAGCUGAAGGUGAUGACGGAUGGUAAUCGCAAUUGGGCGCUAUUUUCGCCUACUGACUCGCGUAUGCCGCGAAUGAUGAUACCCGCUGAUCAGCUGCCCUCAGGGUUCUUCGAGAGACCGCAGGAUUUUGCGAAGUUCAUCUUUGUCGCAAGAAUGGUGGAGUGGCAAGCAACGGCGCAGUUUGCACGAGGAAAGUUGGAACGUACACUUGGUGUUGCUGGAGACGUCGAGGCUGAAACUGAAGGUUUGUUAUUUGCCAACAAUGUCGAUACACGUGAAUUCUCGGUAUCAGUAAUGCACUGCCUUCCGAUUUUCGAAACAAAACAGUGGACCAUAGAUGAGAAAGAAUUCAAGUAUCGUCGUGAUCUUCUGAUUGUGACGGGAAUGGAACGCCUGGAUUUCGAGAUUGGUGUUCACAUUGCUGAUGUUUCACACUUUGUGUUUGAAAACACAGAGUUGGAUACAUGGGCUGCAAAUAGAGCCUGCACUGUGAAUCUCGUGCACAAGACAAUCCCGAUGCUGCCAAGAGUGCUCACUGAAGACAUGUGCAGCCUCAUUCCUGGUAAAGAUCGUCUUGCGUUGUCGGGCUUCAUCGAAGACCCAGAAAAAUCACUGGAGGAAGAAGAGUAUCCCGAUAUCCAUGACGGUGCUUCACUGACGGAUAUUCGAAGAAAGGUGAUGCAAUUGCACAUGCUUGCACGUCGCUUGCGAUCAACUCGUGUGAAAAACGGAGCGUUGCGUAUCGAGCAGCCAAAAUUGGUGUUUUCACUGAAUGCAGGAAACGAAGCUCCCCUAUGCAGUGAAGGCGGAAGAGGUCUGGAAGUGUGCGAAAAGAUCGGGUUCCCACUGGAUGCAGCGUCGUCAGCUCGUCUGGCAUCGUCGUUGAGCAAGUUCCAAGGCGGAAACUCGCUGUUGCAAUCCAUUAAUCAGGUUCUAUCGAUGUUAUUGGCGAAGCCUAUGCAGAUGGGCUAUUACCUUUGUGCGGGUUCAGCGAAGAAGAAGGAUGAGUAUCAUCACUAUGCCUUGAACCAGAAUGGCCCAAUUGAAGCACGAGGUGUGGUGGUCAGUGUGAUGGAUGCUUCGUUUGAUGUACUAGUGUUGAAAUAUGGCGUCGUGAAGAGGGUCUACGUGAAUCGACUUGAUAUGGCAAGAGAUCCAAUAUUUAUUGAUGGUCCACCUGCCCAGUUGACUUUGUUCUGGAAUCCGCCACUAUCUGGAGGACAAGAGCGAAAUAACGCCGUGAUCGAGCAGACGAUUCAGAUGUGCACGGUGGUGGACGUGGUGCUAACUGCCUUACCCGAACCGACAAAAUAUCAAGCGCUGAUCAAAAUGCGCACUCAGUCCGAAACCCAUACGCUGCUGGAACUCAUGGAAGGCAGAACGUGA